AUGGACGGCAAAAACUCAGUUUCCGAUAGGAUACGACAUCGAACUAUUAUGGAUAUGCUACAAGACGAUGAUCAAGCUUCUGGAUCGAAGAAAAGUUGGAAGGCUUUUCGAGACAAGCUCCGUCUCAAAAAAGCCGGAGCAGCGUGGACCUCCACCGUCCCCAUCCCUGCCUCCGAUAUUCCUAUCCAAACCAACACCAACCGUAUGAUGAUGCGACGUGGUUCCGCGAGGUAUCCAAGCGAUCCAAACGUCGACAGUUUGGACGCUGAAGGAACUCGACAGGUAGCGCAUAUGGAGAGGCAACGGAGCAUCAGGUUACUUCCGUUGGAAACCGAUCCGGAUGAGGAAGACGAAAAUAACUCACCAGAAGACGACGAGCAAAAAAUUCCGGCGGCGGAAGAAAUAAAUCUACAAUCGCAGACGUCGUUGAUGGCGUUGCUGGAAGACUACGGAGCUAAUUCUGUCGAAGAUGAAGGGGAACAUGAGGCAGAGGCAGAGCCAGAGCCAGAGCCAGAGGAGGAAGACGAAGAUAUUGGAGACUACCAUAUCUGCUGCGGGUGCACGGGAAAGCAUAAGGGCGCAGCAUUUGGUCCUUGUGGCCAUACAUUUUGCAAGAGCUGUACAAGGGAACUUCAUGUCUCCAGAGGUAACUGUCCUACCUGCAAUAAUUACAUCUUGGAAAUUCUCGAUAUCUAUUAA